AUGAAACGAUUACAAGGCCAGAUAAGUCCAAUGUGGAUGUUGCAGAGGCACGGGACGCGCUACUGUGAUACACGAGAAAUGAGAAAAUUUCACAAAUUACUCGGCUUCCGGGAUACAAUCGUGAAAAAUCACGAACGAGGCGAUGGAAAAUUAUGCAGCAGUGAUAUCGAAAAAUUUCGACUUUGGAGACUCGAUCCAGGCAUGACAGAAGCAACGUCCGAUAAUCUCGUCCCUCAAGGCUACAUUGAGUUACGCUCGAUAGCUCAGCGACUGGGUCACGCUUUUCCGGAACUUUUACACGUUCCGCAUUACGACGAGAAGGAGUUUCUGUUUCGAGCGACGAAUCGACAACGCACUCAAGCCAGUAUGCAAUCGUUUUACGGGGGCAUUUUCAAUGCGUCGACUUAUCCUUUUAACGAUCCUCAAAGCUACAACGAGGAUCGCUCGACCCCUAAAGACUUCAUUCUACUGGCGCACAAAAACUGUCCGGCAUGGACAGCGAGUACCAUUGCCAGAAAAAAUAUCGAACGCGACCAAUUCACUCAGGGGCCCGAGAUGCAGAUUUUAUUUCGCGAGAUUCUGAACCGGAACGCGAUGCAUUUGUUACUUUUUUUACCGGCAGAUGAAAUUAAACUCAUGUACGAUAUGUGCCGCUACGAAUCGGCUUGGUACCCCGCUCGGGAGUCCAUCUGGUGCAUCCCGUUUAGUCGAACAGAGCUCGAGAUCCUGGAAUUCCGACAGGAUCUCGAUUAUUAUUAUUUUGCUGGGCCAGGACGAGAUUUGAGCCCAAAAAUGGGAUGUAAGACACUAGCCGAUAUGUUUGAGCAUUUUCGACGUUUGGAAGAUGAAAAAAGUUCAACAAGUCAAGUGAAGGGAGUUUUUUAUUUUGCUCACACGUUGACGAUCCAACAUUUGUUAUCCGCGAUGGGUAUUGGCGUCGAUUCGCCACCCAUGACAGCCAAGGAUUAUCCCAGCACGAACAGAAACUACCGAACAUCUCUAAAUGGUCCUUUUGCCACAAACGUCAACGCUGUUUUCUACAGAUGUAACGAUAACACCUCGUCGACCAAUCAAGUCAUGUUUCACAUAGCCGAACGACCCUUAAAAAUUUCUGGAUGCAAUGCCAACGGAAUGACGAAAAAUAAUUUACUUAGAAAUGUCGGAAAUAAUAAUCCGCCGUUUAUAGGAAACUAUCUGAUUAUGAUAGGAUUGUUAGUCUUUCAGUUGUUGCAAUUAUUUUAA